AUGGUUGAGUACGUGUUGGAUAAUUUGAAUGACGAUGGAUGCUUGACAGAUGGAGAAGAUGGGGAAGGCUGCGCGCUGUCUGUCUAUUUCCUCUCACAAAAAGUAAAGCAUCACAAAAAGCAAAGCAUGACAACCCCAUCAUCAUAUGCUGCAGUCAAGAGUAAUCUUGAUGCAAUCCUCGCUGACCCCUCAACCGCUUUCGAUGAAACGGCCAUAGAGAAGCUCAAGCUUGAACUCACAGAACAAACCGCUUCAAGUAUACCAGCAAGUAUCCUCGCACACAUCUCGCAGGUGCUUCCAGUUCUACAAUAUGACCCUACGCUGCUCACGACUCUCGGAAUUCGAGCUACUGCGUUCCUCAAGUUCUCCGACCUGCAAGCCUUGGAUCCGCCACUCAACCUGCUCGCAGGUAUUCAAGCUCCCUCGCCGCCGGUAAACUUAUUGACGCUAUCCCUACUUGCGAAAGCUAAUCGGUUGCCGAGUGAUGCUGCUAUUAUUGCUGGAGAUUCGGAUUUGGUAGCAACACUGGUAGAGCUCUGGCUUUCAACUCCCAACACUGAGGUUGCACAGGCUGCCGUGGAGGUGCUGUGGUCGUUGCUAGAGGUUGAUCAUGUCGAGACUGAGACGGUUAUUGGCUCGCCUCAAAAUAUCGCUGCUGGUCAGGGUCUCUUAUGGAGAAGGAUUUUCACUGACAAAGAUGUGUACGGCCUCUUAUUCUCGAUCUGCAGCCUCACCAAUACAGAAACCACUUCUGGGCUGUCGAAACGAGAGAAGACUGUUGCGCAAGGACGGCUAUUGGACUUUAUAGUGAAAGUUGGAACGCUUCGUUGGGAUUGUAUUACGGAACCUCAAGUCCCUGAGGUCGAGGCCGAAUAUCGGAGUAAGAGCCUGCUUGAGUUUGCAGCGUGCCAUAUGGUUGAUACUUCCGAUGUAUUGAUGCAUAUGACACUCUUGAAUUUCUUCCGGGAACUGGUUCUAAUCGACGCUCCGGGUCUAAAGACUGCUUCUCCACCGCAUAAAGUCUCACCCUUCUCUUCUCGGUCUCUCGAUUUCGUUAUAGAAAAGAAUCUGCAUCAGCGAGUCCUGGGAUAUUACCUUGAUCCAUCUCAGCUGGACUCUAUUAAUGUCACUUUUCUUGCCAGUCCUGUCAUGGCCUACGUCGCACAAUAUGCACAACUCUACCCCAACCAUCUACUGAACAGUCCACGGGAACUACUUGACAAAAUAUUGUCUCGAAUUCACAAGUCACUUGGCAUCCCAUCCGCUCAGUGGGCGCACGGCGAUGUCCCCUUAGGUGAUCUCACAAUUUUGAGCUCUCUUCCACGGGUAAUGCUCGUUGAAGCUAGCAGAAGGUCUCUUAAUCCACUGCAAGCAGUUCCUUUCAAUCCACCAAAUAGCGCUUGUUACCAGACACUUGCGAGAGUUUUCCACGGGCCAUCAUCAGUGUCAGGAUCAUUGAAUGAAGCUAUAAUUAUCAGUGAUGCACCUACCGAUGUUUUCAAAGAAUCUGUGGCUGCACGUAUACUGUAUUUCACAUACCUCAACGAGCAUGCAAACUUGUGGCAAUGUGUGGUCACUGCCGCGGAUAUUGUUGCCAUGAAGGAUACAGCUCUCGCUGCUAUCUCCUUGAUUGGCGCUGUUAUCACCGCCAAUUGGAGGACAAUGUCAACAGAAGACGCCCAGCAUAUAUCGUCUUCGCCAUUCAAGCUUCCUUCCGAGGAGGACCUAAAUCAACAACCCUCUACCGGGCCUGGACUACUGCCUACUUCUGGGUCAUGGGCAGUUUUGACUCCUCCUGCACUGACGACAGUCCUUCCGUACCUCUUCAAACCUCCUCUAUCCUAUAGCAACUUUGUGGCAGGUGGUUCUGGGGACCCUGAAAAUGCUGUAUGGAAACUAGCUACAGCCAAGUAUGAUGUGCUGGUUGAUCUCCAUAAGAUGCUAAAGGAUUCAACAGCGCAAGUCGAGGGCUUUGCGGAUAUUGUGCGGACUUUGGAACAGCGUAUUCGCGAUGGGCCGCAAGGACCUGCGAUGCAAGUUGGUAGCCGUGUAGAGGCGCUUGAGCUGUAGAAUAACAGAAAUAUCAGUUGAAUUCAAAUGAU